AUGUCCACUAAAAAGUCAUCAUCUUUCCUGCUGCUCAGCGACUUGUACCAUGGAGCGGUGCUCAGCAUUCCCACUAAUAUCCAAUCCAAGGGAACCAAACUAUCCAGAAAACACAUUUAUGAUAGCUACGUUAAAGUGCCCUUUGGCGUGCUCGUGAUAUUGGGUAUCCUGUACGCUGUUAAUGAAAUCAUCAUCUUGACCACAAUAGAUUUCCCAGCUUCAGUCACUUGUAUGUUGUUGCUAUACAUUUUUUUGAUAUCAAGUCAACGGUUCUUGGGAAACAGAAGAACUACUAAAAUUGUCAAAUUCAUUGAUAUCCCUGGAGGAUUCAGUUUAAGAUGGAUUAAUAUCUUUUUCACUCCGGCUUUCAUCACUUUACCAUUAUCUUCAUGGAUUAGUGCUAAAGAAGCCUUGACCAUCGCUGCGGUUUUCCUUAUCGGGUAUUUUGUCGCUACAGCUAUUGUUGCUUAUUUUUGCGUUUUCCUACAAAUGUUGUUGAAGAAGACUAGAAGAUCAAAUGUUGAAAGAGCUGAAGAAUUGAAUCUAAUGGAGGAUAAUGAUGAGCUUAAUGGGAAUACAACUGCUCUGACUAGUAAUAACGAUUUGUUAGGAAGUCCAACUUCUCAAUCAAAUGACUCGGUUAGAGUUUAUGAAGGUGGUGAACGUCGUGAAUCAAAUGUAUCAAUAACUUCUCCUAUUGAAUUGAAUAGAAUGAGAUCUUUGGAACAAAAUCCUGAAACAAUUGUUAAUGAUAUUCCAAGAGGUGAUGAAGAUUCAGUUGAAGAUGAAUUUAGAAGAAGUAUUUCAUCAAGACAUCAAGGUUUAUUCAACAAUCAACAAACUGAUGAUCAAACUUCUGAUGAGGUUGUUAAAAUUGAAUUACAAACUAAUAAAGAUAGUAAAAUUUGGAAGAUCCCUUCAAUGCCCUCACCUGUUGCACAACCAAAAAGACCAAAUAAUCCAGGUGUUAAAGCUAAAUUGAAUAAAUUUAACAAGCUGUUGUGUAAAAGAUCAGUUUUGGAACAAAACCCAAUGUUGGAAACUGAUAGAAAAAUUAUUAUAGGACAAUUUGUUUUCAAAAACUUUGAUUAUAUUGUUUUAUUUGGUUUAUUUAUUGCAAGUUUACCAAUUUAUUUUGCGAGAGAUUAUGCAAUGUUUUUACAUUUGUCCAUUGCAGUUGCAACUUUUAUAUUUUUGUUGAAUGUUCCACCUCCAAAAUACAAGAAAUUUUUACAUCCAGUCUUGUGUUCAGUUGCAUUAUCUUGGUUUUUUUUCUAUAUUUUUUCAUUAAUGAAGAGAGAAAAUUUCUUGGAUACAUUGAAACAAUAUAAAACUGGUCGUAAUUAUUUGAAAUUAUUCAAUCAUAGAAAAAAUGAUAAAUGGCCUGGUGCUGGUGAUGUCUUUUCCACUUUGAUGGAUGUUUCAAUUGUUUCAUUAUCAAUUCCAAUGUAUACUUAUAGAAAUGAUUUGAAACGUCAUUUCUUUGCAUUAUUACCUCCAAUUUUACUCAUGUCUUUUGGUUGUUUUUUCGUUUAUCCACCUUUAUGUUAUCAUUUAGGAAUUUCUUCAGAGCGUUCGUUAGGAUUUGCAGGAAGAUCUGUUACUUUGGCUUUGGGAACCCCUUUUGUUCAAGCAUUGGAUGGUUCAGUCCCAUUGAUGGCUGUCACUACAGUGGUUUCAGGUAUUGUUGGAGCUUUAACUGGUCAAUUUGUGUUUGGUAAACAUGUUUUGAGACUAAGAGAUGAUGAUUAUGUUACAAGAGGUAUUACUUUGGGGGUCAAUUGUGGUGCAAUUGCUACUGCCCAUUUGUUGACCAUUGAUCCAAGAGCUGCAGCUAUGAGUAGUUUAUCUUUUGUUUUAUUUGGUACAAUUAUGGUUAUAAUGGCUAGUAUAAAACCUUUAGCUAAUAUAGUUAAAGUAUGGGCUGGUGUUGAUGUUUGA